AUGAAGCAUCUCCAUGCGUUGUCGGCUGACCAUUACGCCUUUGAUGACACGAUGAACUCCGUGCACGUCGACAAGAAGUGGUUCUUUGCGAUCAAGAUCAGCAGCAAGAUGUACCUUGCUCCUGGUGAUGAGCCCCCGCACCGCACAUGCAAGUCCAAACGGAUCCUCACCAAGGUGCUGUUUCUUCGGAACUGUGCCGCCGGGACCCUUGUGACCAAGCCCGUCUCUGUCACCCGCAAGAUGCUGAUCGACAACGUCAUCCCUGCCAUCAAGGCCAAGUGGCCAAAAAUUCGUCAAGGUGCAUCACAAUCCAGCAAGACAAUGCACGCCCACACGUCCCCCCACUGGACGCUCGUAUCGUCGAUCGGAUGA